UGUUGUAAAAUUCUGAGACAGCUGACAGAGUCAAGUCCGAUUUUUUCAAUUGUUAACAAUUGUUUAUUGUAAGAAUUAUAACGUGUAAGCCUGUAAGUUGAAUAUCAGUAAAGUCUUUUGCAUUAUAUGCAAUUAUAUUUAACCCCUUUCUAAAGAAGAUCUAAGAAAUUGUAGAUACAUAUCAUUUUAAGGUUUUCGCAAAUUUUGAUUGUAUACACUCUACAAAGACGGAAAUAUUAAAAUAUGAAUUCUUCCAAGAUGCAAAGGUUUUUUCCGAAUGAGUGUUAUGUUUGUAAAUCGAGGGACAAUUUAAAAAGAUGUAAAUGCAACAUGAUUUCCUAUUGCUCUGAGCAUCAUCGAUUAAAACAUUUACCAGUUCAUGGAAGUUUUUGCAAAAUAAUUAAGGAAUUAUUAAAAGAAAAAAAAGUGGCACAUAUUUAUGAAGAGCUUCAAAUGUUAGGCGGAGACGCUUGGAGAGAAAAAAAAGAAAAAAUCACCAAUGAAGUAACAAAGAAAUUAGGAAGACCUAUGAGUUUAUUCGAAAAUGCAAUGUGGGUACAUCCGCGACUGUGUCACGUUUGUAAUCAAACCAGACAAGAAGAUUUAUCAAAUUGUCCUGAUUGUCCAGUGGCAAGUUUUUGUAAAAAGCAUCCUCGAGAUGAAAUUCACAGUAUGAAUUGCAAAGUGAUGAAUCAAUAUUUAAAAAUUUUGAACACAGCCGAGGAAUUAAAUAUCGACUUGAAAUUUCUGUCUCCUAAUUUUCCGUGUAUCAAAGGAGAAAAAGUAAAUCAUGUUAUGGACUCACUUACUCUCACAUAUAAAGCAAAUAAUAUGGAGGAAAGAUGUUUAAAAUCAAGAUUAUUGAAAAUGGACCUUAUUAACUUUAUGGACGCAGCUUCGAAAAUUAAUAGUGCUUUACAAAAAGUACACGAAACGAUUCCAGAAGAAUUGACAAUUCACAUCGAUGCCCUUUCCUAUGAGCACGCAAUCACGAAAGAAAAUUAUUGGGAGUUUCUCUUGCAUCUCAAUCCGCAGAUAAAAAAGUUAAAAAUUCUCGUCACUCAAACUGAAAAUCGGAACGAUUCUAAGUCUCUUUGCAAAAAGUGUCAUUCAAAGGGAAAAGAAUUGAUUAUUGAAUAUUCGACAAAAUCUUACGAAGACUACAUGCUGGAUGAAAAUUAUCAAAAACCCGAUAUACUCUUUUACGUGAAAGUCGACGAUGAAUGUAAUUCCGAAAGAUUUAAUAAGUGGAGUGAAUUUAAUUGUCCCGUCAUUUUGCGAUUUGAUUCAAAAAUGAAUUUUUGUAAAGUACAUUAUUUUCUCUCGCUUUUAAAAGCAAAGUUUCGAUUUAUUUACGAAGGAAAAAUAAAAGCAGCAUUCGGUAUAUUAUCCUCAAUUGAAAAUGAAGACUAUUUUAUAAUUUUGCAAUCAAUGGAAAACAAAGUACAUGAAAAAUGUGAUAAAAUUACAACUACAGUAACUCAUCAAUGUGGUGAAAAUAGUAGUGAAAAUGAUGUAGAAGAUGCUUCUAAAGUUAUUCCAUCAGAUUUAAAAGACAAUUCUGACAAUAACGAAAAUUCAAAAUUGGAAACAAACGAAAAUCAAUCUACUUCGGAAAAUAGGGAAUCCAAUAAGGAAGAAAAAUCCGAAGUUCGUGUGACACUUUCUCCAUCGUCAUCGAAACGUUCGUUUGCAACUAUUUCCGAACCAGGAGAAGAGGAGGAAGGAGAGAAGAAUAAAAAAGCCAAAACUGAAAGUUGUAAAAACAUUUCAAAGUCUAUCGAUAAGGAAAAUUGUGAUCCAAAUAGCGAAGAAGGAAAAAAUACGAAAGAGAAUAAUGUGGAAAAGAAGAAUAUAGAAAAGAGAAAUGAAAAAGAAGACAAACAUAAAAAAUUUCUUGUCAACUCAGAAUGUUUUAAAAAUCAUGAGACGGUUAAUGUUUUUCAAUCAUUUGUAAUCGGACAUGUUUCGGACCUGAAAAACGAAAAUGAAGAUUUACGACAACAAUUAAAUUUGGCACUCAAAGAAAUAACGAAAUUACAAACCAAAUUUGAUCAGGUUUGUUUUGAAUUAAAGAAAAAGGAAAAGGUAAUACAGGAUUUAUUACGCGUAUUUGUCAACUUUGAAAACACUGAUGCAGUGUGUGAAGAGAACAAAAUUUAAAUCCAUUACGAAAAAACUCUUCUAUUUUUUGUCUUUUUUUUUUUAAUUUGAAAUUCAAAUACUAAUUUCUUUUUUACUUGCUCUUUUACAUUUUCAAUGAUUAGUAAUUUGAAAAAUAUUACGUUAAAAAAUGUUAAUAUCU